AUGAGUGCAGAGGGGGAUGAGUCUGGGAUGCCAGACACCACAGUUGAGCCUUCUGGAUGUAAUGUAGGUAAACCCAUGGUGACUGUCCUACAGCAUUACCACAGCAGAACAAAACUAAAAACAAACUGUUCAGUGGAAUGCAGUGUGGAGAAUGGGAGAGAGGUGACCCUGUCCUGGUACAGAGGAAAUUACAUGUUGAACCAGACCAGCAGUCCUGAUCUCAACAUGACCCUCAGAAUCCCUCUGGAGGUUGAACACCAUGACGACAGUAUCUACAGCUGUGUGGCUGCAAACCCAGUUAGCAACCAGACAACUUUUCUCAACAUCUCUGCCACCUGUUCUGCCCCCCCAGACUCCGUCAGGUCAAAGAGGAGCCAUUCUUUACUGAUUGGAUUGCUGCUCAUUCUGAUUCUGAUAUCAUUCUGUGUUGUGUUACCAUUCUGCUUCAAAAGAAAACUGGAGGCUGAGAAUCCUUCUGAAGAGCCCCAGUAUAGCAUUUUAGCCUUGAAGAUACCAGUGUUAUUUACACUGUUACAAGCCAUACUGAGAGAAGUAGCUAAACAGGUUCCUCUUAUUCAGCGUAACUGUUAUCAGUAG